AUUUUUAGAUGAGCCACUUUAGUUAAAAAUAUAUUUUUGAGAGUGACUUAAACUAGCUUCAUUUCUAAUAUUUAUUAAAAUCAAAUCUAUUUAGUCUUAAUACUUGUCACUGAUAAAUGUCCUGGUCUGAAGACGAUAUAAUAAAAAUACUUUUAAUAAAUUUGAUUCAUUUGGAUAAUUCUCAUUCCUUCCUUAAACUAAUUUUUGAGGUUUAGUCAAAUGUUCAACAGAUAUUGAUAUACUAAAGCAACUGGGUAACGAUCACGCAUUGCUGAAAUCACAUGGCUAUCCGUUUAUCGCCCCCUACUCUGUUUAUAUUAUUAUAUAUAUAAAAAUUCAUCGUUGAUCUUAACUUUGGAGAAAAUUUGUGUCUGUAUUUGCAGGGUGCUGCCACUUCUAUUGCCAGGCUUCAAAAAGUUCCAACCAUAUGUUGUAACUUGGCCUAUGGUAACCAUAUGAUUGGAUUAUGCUAAUUCAUGGAUGACAUACUCAUCAAUCUUUUGAGGUUGACAAGUUAUAUUAGUGACCGAUUUAUACAAUUUAUAGAGGAUCUGGUACUUAAAGACAUAGUUAGGCACAGAGAAAAUUUUGGAGUUAUUCCAGUGGUCACCUCUUCAGUUCACUGUUCAACAGGAUGUACAAGAAGCACCUCUUUGCAACCUCCUCAAAAUGAAGGUGAAAACCAUGGAAUCUGUGAAAGAAGAGCCUUUAGCAAUAGUAAAGAACUGCUUGAAGAUUCGAGAUCUUCAAUUCUAUAUGCCAGUUCUAUCUCUGCAUCUGUUCCUUCCUUUUUAUUAAAAAGUUUGACACUCCCAUUAUUCGGUAUACAGUAUGUUUGGAGUUUGGGAAUGGUCUCCUGGAGAUAUUCUUUUUCAUGCAUUAAAUGUGCCCAACUUAAUGUUCAUUGCAUACUCCUGGAAUGCCUCUAGUACAGGAUGGAACUUCAAGAUUCUUGGAAUUGCUUUCUGACAUAAGGUCCCCAUUUUAUUAUAAGGAAUGGUGAGCACUAUCUACCUAGUUCGUUUGUUUAUCUGUUGAUUCCAGGUCUUUUUAGCAACCAUGGACCCUUGUAUUUUGUUGCCAUUAAGAGGUUCUUUUCAAAGAUGGGCCUAGCUUGCCAUAUUGCAAAAGUUCAUAGUGAGGCAUCAGUAGAACACAAUGCCUUGGAACUGAAGCUAUACAUUGAGGAGAUUUACUGGGGUUUUGGCAAGCCUGUUAUGCUACUUGGACACAGUAAGGGUGGGAUUGAUGCUGCAGCUGCAGUAUCUAUAUACUGGUCUGACCUGAAGGACAAAGUUGCUGGUUUGGCUCUGGUACAGAGUCCAUAUGGUGGCACCCCUAUAGCUUCUGAUAUUCUUCGUGAAGGCCAAAUUGGUGACAAAGAAACCCGGAGGAUAUUGGAACUUAUAAUAUGCAAAAUAAUUAAGGGCGACAUACGGGCCCUGGAGGAUCUCACAUAUGAGAGGCGCAAGGAGUUUAUCAUGAAGCACCAGCUCCCCCGGGAUCUUCCUCUUAUCUCCUUCCACUCUGAAGCAAGCAUUGCUCCUGGUGUUCUUGCAACAAUGACCCAGAUAGCUCAUGCAGAACUUCCCUGGCGCCUUCUACCAAAAUUUUGGACUGAGGAGUCUCAUUCAUUUGCUGAAUCAGGACACCAAGUUCCUGUGUUGAUUCCUUUAUCCGCGGCUAUGGCUGUUUGUGCUCUCCACUUGCAGCUCAGAUAUGGAGAAAAGAGUGAUGGCCUAGUGACGUGCCGUGAUGCUGAAGUUCCAGGAUCAUUUGUUGUAAGGCCAAGCAUGAAACUUGAUCAUGCCUGGAUGGUGUAUUCUUCAAAGAAGAAAAGUCCUAGUGAACCUGGUGCUCGUGAAAUGAGUGAAGCUCUAUUGACUUUACUUGUAGAGCUUGGUAACACAAAAAGGGAAGUGGUUCAAGUAUCAUAAUGGAUGAGAUAUGCUUCAAAUAUUUGGCAACAUGGUUGUGUUGAUUGUUCAUUUUUCUUUGGUUGCAUAG